ACCGAAUUCCGCGCUCGUCGGAGUAAAGUUAGCACCGCUGUCAUCGACAACAUGCUCAAGGGAUUCAUGGGAGAGAAUACGGAUCCUUCUAAGAAUAGUAAGCUUGGUUUGAGUAUGGAUGCGAGUAUACUGCCGGCUAGACACGGUGGUUUAACCCUACUCCAGGCCCAGGAGGUUCUUUACCCCUGUAUAGAUGAUCCUUAUCUCCUUGGAAGGAUAUCAUGUGCUACUGUUCUCUCCAGUAUGUAUGCUAUUGGGGUGCCUGAGAUAGAUAACAUGCUCAUGAAGCUAUCUGUAUCUAACCAACUCUCAGAGAAGGAACGGGAUGUAGUGGUUCCUCAAAUGAUCAAGGGUUUCCGUGAUUGUGCUGCUGAAGCGGGAACUUCAAUUACCGGCGGGGAGACGGUGGUUAAUCCUUGGUGCAUGAUCGGCGGGGUUGCUACCGCCGUCUGCUCAGACUCCGAAUACAUUAUACCUGAUAAAUGCAAUGCUGGAGAUGUUCUUGUUCUCACAAAACCACUUGGAACUCAGAUUGCGGUGAAUGUACACAACUGGUUACAAAACCCUGCAUCUUGGAGUAAAAUGAAACUGGUUUUAACCCAACAGGAAGCUACGAAGGCAUAUAAGCGUGCUCUGGACUCUAUGAGUAAACUAAACCUAGGAGCAGCUAAGCUAAUGCAUAAGUACAAGGCGCAUGCAGCUACAUCUAUUGGUGGAUUUGGGCUCCUUGGACACGCUAUGACCCUCGCGCGCUGUCAGAAGAAUGAGGUUUCUUUUGUGAUUCACAAUCUGCCCGUCAUUGCAAAGAUGGCUGCUGUUGCCAAGGCAAAAGGAAACAUGUUCCAGCUGGCUCAGGGUAUGGCUUGUGAGACUAGUGGUGGAUUAUUAAUCUGUUUACCAAGAGAACAGGCUGCUGCAUUUUGUAAGGAUAUAGAGACUAGUGAAGGGAACCAAGCCUGGAUAAUUGGUAUUGUGGAGAAGGGAGAUAGAUCAGCCAGGAUAAUAGAUAAACCUAGGAUAAUAGAGGUUCCAGCUAAGGAUCGGGAAGGAGAAUUAUGGUGAUGUAAAUAUGUUUCGAUAUUUGAAACGUUCUGAAGAACAAGACAACGAUUAUGAGAUUAAUACAGUGUCAACUGUCGGUGUAUAUAUCAAUAUUUUAGUAUUAUAUCAUAUAUGUUCGGUUCCAUAAUUAUCAUAUUCUUUCACGCUCUGACUAUUCUAGAGUUUUCAUUUGUUUACAGAACUUAAGAUUUUGACAGCCUUGUUUGAAAACCAAUCUACAAAGGUAGGCUUUAAAGAAGUAUCUCUGAUUUGAAAAUCUUAAUUUUUAUGAUAUUCAAUCCUUUUAGUAAUGCGAUUUCAUAAUGAUUGAGGCGGUGCUUCAAUUAUCUGAGAUAGUAGCCACAAUCCAAAGAAAAUGUUCCAACCGUGAAUACUGGAUUCAUAUUUACGGCUA